GAUCCGCUGAGUGGGCGCCCCCACUUCUCAGCAGGGCAAGCUCUCUCUGGAAGGGCUGGAAAGGUGCCCGUCUGCCGUUAUGCUGGCGCUGCUGUGUGCCUGCCUGCUGGCGCGCGCCGGGCUCGGGGCGUCCGCGGAGCCCGCGGGGCUGGGCGCCGACCGCACGGCCGAGCUCAUCCGCGACCUGCACGCCAAGGUGACGGAGCUGUGGCGGGCGCUGCGGCCGCGCUGCGCCUGCGGCCCCGACGCCAACCCGGCGCCGCUGUUCGCCUGCUGCGCGGUGCAGCCGUCGGCCGCGCUGGGCGCGUCGGAGCAGCCGCGCGUGGCGGGGCUCGUGCUGUUCCGGCAGGGCGCGCCCGGGCCCGGUGGCUCCCUAGAGGCCUUCUUCGACCUGCACGGCUUCCCGGCGCAGCCCAACACCUCCCAGCGCGCCAUCCACGUGCACCAGCUCGGGGACGUGAGCCGGGGCUGCGACGCCGCCCAGGGCCACUACAACCCGCUGAAAGUGCCGCACCCGCGACACCCUGGCGACUUCGGCAACUUCGUGGUGCGCCGCGGCCGCCUCUCGGUGUACCGCGCGCGGCUCUCGGCGCAACUCGACGGCCCGCACUCCAUCCUCGGCCGCUCCCUGGUGGUCCACGAGGGCGAGGACGACCUGGGCUGCGGCGGCAACGAGGCCAGCCUGAUGCACGGCAACGCUGGCCGACGCCUCGCCUGCUGUACCAUCAGCCUGUGCGACAGCGAGCUCUGGGAGCGCCGGGCCCAGGAGCACGGUCAGCGCCUGCGGCCCAAGAAAGAGAAGAGCGAGUGCAAGAGCCCCUGAGCGUGCCCAGGAGCGGGGCGUCCCCCGUUCCUGGCCCAGACCCUCCUCCCGCCUCCCUGCGCUCGGAGACCCCUCUCCCGGGCUCCUUUCUCUACACCCUCCGUGCCCCAACGCCCCUCCCUGAUCCCUAGAACCAACCCUUGGCACGUCGUGUCCCAGGACCCGCUCCACACCUUGACACCAGCCUGACCCACCGCGCAGACCUACUCCCAAUGCCCUAGAAAUUAGAAAUUUCUGCCCCCAGCACCUGCACGGGUUUCAGUUCUUCCUUCCAGCUGCGCCUUGAAGUGGGGUACAGGAUGGUUUGGCACAUUAAAAUUCCCGUGAUU